AUGGCAGCUUCAGCGCUUCUGAAAAGUCGAUGCCGGCGUGCAAGCUACCUCAACAAAAUUGCCAAGGCUGAGGAUCUGAUUGAGCAUUUCCCUCACGGAGCAUACAUCGGCUGGUCAGGGUUUACCGGUGUCGGCUAUCCCAAGAAGGUGCCAACGGCUCUUGCGGAUCAUGUGGAGAAGAACAAUCUGCAAGGCAAGCUUAAGUACAAUCUCUUUGUUGGAGCGUCUUCUGGAGCAGAAACCGAGAAUCGAUGGGCUCGGUUGAACAUGAUUGAGCGACGAGCUCCUCAUCAAGUUGGCAAGGAGAUUGCUAAAGGCAUCAAUAAUGGAAACAUCAAGUUCUUCGACAAGCACCUGAGCAUGUUUCCGGUAGACCUUAUGUAUGGGUUUUAUACGAAGCAUAAGUCCAAUAACCGAUUAGAUGUUGCCAUCGUCGAAGCAAGCGCGAUCACUGAAGACGGCGGCAUCAUUCCUGGAGCAUCUGUCGGCGCCAGUCCCGAGAUUAUCCAGAUGGCGGACAAGAUUAUCAUUGAGGUUAACACGGCCGCUCCGAGCUUUGAGGGUCUGCACGAUAUUACAAUGACCGACUUGCCUCCACGGAGAAAACCAUACCUCAUUAUGGCACCCGAAGAUCGUAUUGGAACGCCCCAUAUACCAGUCGACCCAGAGCGAGUAAUUGCCAUUGUGGAGUCGGAUUACCCAGAUCAAACCACUGAAAAUGCGCCCGAAGAUGAAUCGUCUAGAGCAAUUGCAUCCAACCUCAUUGAAUUCCUGGAACAUGAGGUCAAACAUGGACGACUUCCCGUCAAUCUCCUGCCCAUUCAGUCCGGAAUUGGAAACAUUGCGAACGCAGUCAUUGGUGGCUUGGCCCACGGAGGAGCAAAUUUCAAGAAUCUCAAAGUCUGGACCGAGGUGUUGCAAGACUCGUUCCUCGACCUCUUUGACAGUGGUAACCUCGACUUUGCCACGGCAACCUCAAUUCGAUUCUCUCCUGGUGGCUUCCAACGGUUCUACAACGGAUGGGAAAAUUAUCACUCCAAAUUGCUGCUCCGCUCCCAACAGGUUUCCAACUCCCCUGAGAUCAUCCGUCGCUUAGGUGUCAUCGGUAUGAAUACGCCCGUCGAGAUCGAUAUCUACGCUCAUGCGAAUUCAACAUGCGUGCUGGGUUCUCGCAUGCUGAAUGGCCUCGGAGGCUCUGCGGAUUUCCUUCGAUCAUCGAAAUACUCGAUCAUGCAUACACCGAGUACUCGACCCUCAAAAGUGGAUCCCACGGGCGUUUCCUGCAUCGUGCCAAUGUGCACUCACGUCGACCAGACCGAGCACGAUCUGGAUGUCGUCGUUACCGAGAUUGGAUUAGCGGAUGUCCGAGGAAUGUCGCCCCGCGAAAGGGCUCGAGAGAUCAUCAAACAAUGUGCACACCCGGACUACAGGCCGAUUCUCCAGGACUAUUUCGACAAGGCUGAGUAUGAGUGCUUGAGGAAAGGCAUGGGCCACGAGCCUCAUUUAUUGUUCCAAGCAUUUGACAUGCACAAGAAUCUAGUGGAGAAUGGAACGAUGAAAAUCAAUGGUUGGAAAUAG